ACAGAGCAGAUAAGUUGGAGCCAGCAGAAUCCCCCGUACCAAACCACCUCGUCGACCACCACGAGUACUGCUCUUGACGGGAGCACACACACCCACACACCUACCCCAAGGCACACCCUCGCCGUUCCCACCGUCUAUGUAACUGCCUUCCCCCCCUUUCCAAAUGCGGCCCAAUGGAGCCCGCCACAGAGCCCGCCUUACCAGGCGAGCCUCCCCAGAAGCCCCGACAGCUGCCCCCGGACCUGCCCACUUCUCUCGAUGACCGGCGCGCUCCCGUCAUGGGCGAGGAGAUGGAGAUGUACGACGCCUGGCAGGGACAGUCGCAGUUCCUCACCACCCCAGUGCCCGCCCAGCCCCUCCACUUCAACCUGUCUCUCGACGACCCCAGCUUUGGUGAUGAUGACAUGCACCAGCUCGAGGAUAGCGACACCCGCCUGGUCCAGAUGCUCGCGUACCAGGCCCGCCUACGAAACGAUAACUCGGGGGACGAGGCCACGGUAGUUGCCGACGACAAGCUCUCUCACGACGAGAAGCGAGCGGCGCUGCAAGGCCUCUUGACACUGGCUGCCUCGAAUGGCGAGGUCGAGCGCGUUCAGCGCCUGCUAGGCGGAAAGACUGCCGAGUACAUCGAUGUCGAUGCAGUCGACGCUGACGGCACUCCGCCCCUCGUCUAUGCCAGCUGCUUUGGACACGAAGAUGUCGUCAAGGCUCUCCUGGAUGCGGGAGCACAGGUGGACAAGCAGGACAAGAACUGCUGGAGUCCUCUGAUGUGGGCCAUGACCAACCGACACAAGGGCAUCGUCAAGCUUCUGCUCGACCAUGGCGCCUCCCCCGAUGUCAAGUCGUCCUCCGGCAGGACAGCGUUUGACUUUGUCGAACCCAACAGCGAAAUCUCCGAGUACCUACACGAGAGCGGCUACGCCAUCGGAAACGCAGGUGUCUCCGACGACUUCUAUACGUCUGGCUUCUCCCAGGACCGCUUCGAGGAGGAAAUGGCAGAGAACGAGAUGAAACGUCGUAUGAUGAUGGAGAGUGCAAUCAACCUAGAGGUCGAUCUGGGCAAUCUGGGCCUAGACGAACAGCCAGAGACUCCUGAAGAGCUGGACGACGAAGGUCAGGAAUUCGUCUGGGACCGCUGCCUCAACGAUCAAAUGUUUGUCUUCCAGGAGAGUGACUUGGGUCGCAUAUUGGAUAUCAUCAUCACCAACAUGACCCCGCAGCGCUCUCCAUCGCAGAAGCCCGUCCCGGCCAACAUCCUCUUCCUCAGUGCGCGAUAUGCAUACUAUCACUCGAGCCCUGAACUGUUGGAGACUUUGCUUAUGACUGCCAUGGACAAGAUCAAUGACGUUGUGGAACGGCAUCAAUGGGACAUGACUGUUCUGGCCUUCUGGAUGUCCAACGCCACCCUGCUCCUGCACUACCUGAAGAAGGACACCGGUCUUGUCCACUCCACUGCCGAGUUCCAGCUCCAUCUGGCAGAGCUGAUCAACGAAAUAUUCAUACUAAUAAUACGUGACGCGGAACGGAGGAUGGACAAGUCUCUGGAUCAAUCGAUGCUGGACCACGAGACCAUCCCGGGGUUCGAGGAUGUUCACUUCCAACACGAAUGGAAAAUAUUCCGCACCAAGCAGAAACCGAAACCACUUGAGCCUAUCGAGAAGCGGUUCAGGCCCCCGUCACCAAAGCGGCGAGCACAACCUUCACCCCGCAACAUAACCUCCCUGCUCUCGUCCACAUUAUUUGUCCUCGACCUCUACGACGUCCACUCUGUCAUCACUACUCAGGUUCUAUCACAGCUGAUCUACUGGCUAUCCGCAGAACUGUUCAACCGCAUCAUGUCGAAUCGCAAAUAUCUCGCGCGCACAAAGGCAAUGCAGAUACGCAUGAACGUGUCCACGUUGGAAGAUUGGGCGCGCGCCAACAACCGACAGCCGGAACACUACGAGAACGGGUCGAUGACGUCUACGGGCGAAAGCUCCGCCGACGCGGCAAAGCGUCAUCUGGAGCCACUCGUACAGCUCCUGCAGUGGCUCCAAUGCUUCUCCUCACUAGGCGAGGACUUGGAAUCGCUGGUCGGCACACUGCAACAGCUACCACGGUUGACACCGCAGCAGCUACUGCACGCGGCAAAAUACUAUAGGCCCGAGGUUGGCGAGAAAGGCUUGCCUAAGAGCGCCUCCAAGUAUAUUAUGCACUUACAAAAAGCGGCCGCAGACCGCAAAGCAGCCCGUACCAAAUCUCCGAACCCGCAAUCCGACUCUGCCCCGGCCACUCCCGUCAAGGCCUCGCCUCAACCUGGCCAUGCCGUCUCUCCCGCACCUUCUCGUCCAGAGGAAGAAGAAAAGGAAGACGCGCCAGACGACCUCCUCCUGGAUCCUUCAUACAUGCUACCAUUCUCGCUGCCUACCUCGACAGACAUGCUCAUCACGUAUGGCGCGGGUUUUGGCGGGGUGAAUAGAGAACGCGCAAGGAAGUAUGUUCCUACUGUGCCGCCGGAGUUUCUGGCCAAGCUGGAUCUGAACGGAAACAAGAACGGCGGGAGUGUGUAUGAUGAUACCAGAUGGGCGGAGCAGAACUAUGGGUGAGGGUCGGUUGGAGGAGGAGUGUUGACGCGGCAGUAAAUCCCCCAGGGGGCGAUUCUUCUGAUGCAGUUGAUGGAAUUGAGGGUUGUUCUUGGCGGCUGGUUUGAAGACCUACCGCAUGAAUAGAUUUACGUUCUCGGGCAUGCCGCAUAUAUAGACGGUUUGAUGUUCGUUCAGGAGCAUGAACGCAAAAGUGACUGCAAGGUUCAAGAGUACUUUAUAUAAGGAUCUAGAUCGGUGUGUUUGAGAGAAGUUUACAUAGUAGGUAGGGUCUGCUGGUACGUCAUUGGACGUUUUCCAUCGUGUGACCGAUUACCCAAUUGCGCAGUUC